UACUGGAGGCAUCCUGUGAUGUCUUUUACGCAGACUGUACCCCGACUUCUGAGGAGGGUCUGAAAGUUGAGUGCGGAUGCAUCCCUGAUCCAGUCGGGGAUCAACCACACCAGAGUCCAGCAGAAGCUCCCGACACACUGACCAGGAAACACAGACAGACGGCUCUGACGAUGUGGUCCAACACAGAUGAGAUGACCAAACAGAGAAUGUUACAAGCCAAGACUCUGUCCAAGGAGGCCAGGGGAUGGGGUCGGAACCUGGGGAAGAAGAUUAGCGUUCCAAAGGAUGUGAUGAUAGAGGAGCUGACUGUCCCUUCCAAUCGAGGCUCACGCAUGUUUCAAGAGAGACAGAAGAGAUCUGAGAUGUUCACCCUGGAGAAAAGUGGCGUUCAGUACACCAAUAAUGCCCAGGUUGAAGCCAUCCCUCCCCCACAAGUUAUCUUAGAGCCACAAGGAGGAAAAGAAAACCAGGCUUUCUCCAGCCCUGGUAAGCAUAGCCUGGUCAUGAACCUACAGAAGACUGUUGCAAAGAAGGGCAGUCCUGACGUCAUUGCUCCAGGAUACACUGGUCCUAUGAAGGAAAUUCCUUGUGAGAAGUUCAACACAACAGUUAUACCCAAAUCCUACAGCUCCCCAUGGAGGGAAGCUUUGGGGAGCAGUGAAGAGCUCCUAAAUGCCCUCAACACCCAGCUGCCCCAGCUCCCACAAAGGCCUUCCAACUACAGGUGCUUCAACAGAUCUCCCAGGCCAUUUGGAGGCAUUAUGGCCAGCAAAAGGGUGAUACCGGUGAUUGACUUUGAAGCAGUGGAAUCCAAGUACCUGCCAGGCGCUGCCCUGGACCGCAUGCACCAGCGACCCAACUUCAACAGGGCACCCAAGGGAUGGGGUGCUGCUUAUAAUCCUGAGUCAAAUGAGCUAUGAAAGAGGACUGAUAAUCUAAAGACUGCAAUGAGCUGACACAUGCUUGGUUUUUCCCCCUCCAAAAAAAUGUAUCCUUUACUUUACUAAAGUAUUGGCAGGGAGGAGGCUGCAUGACGCUGCUGAGAGGAUUGUUUUAGUUAAAGGAAACCUGUGGAUGCUGGAAUGAUGUUUAACCCUGCAUUUAGGCUUUGGAAGUCUCAGAACUUUUUUUCUUUACACUUAAACAUUUCAUACCAUUCUCCUAUAGGUAAAAACACAAAUCUUCAUAUACAGAAUGAUUAUUAAAUGAACACAGAUGAUUAAUGACAAAACUGAGUCACUUUAAUGUCAAGUGAAAACAUCGUACAAAGAAAACUAAAAAUAAGAAAGUGUUAAGGUGUUGGAAUAUGAACAUCAUAUCAAAUAAAAACAAAAUUGCAACUGAAAAUGUUUUUUAAAAACUUAACAAUUCACUUGGAUGCUUUGGGCUUUCUGCCAAACAUGAGACUAAGUCUAGACUCUACACUUUGUAUGUACAAUGGCUCCAACUGCAAAAGUCCAUUAAAAAAGCCCUUUUAUUUGAUGUCAUUAUUUUCAUUUGCAAAAGAAAAAUGCAAUGCUGUGUAUGUUUUAACUUUAUAACAAUGAGGAAGUAAUCACAUAACACCCUGGAUAUUAUCUCUGCAUAAUGAGACAAUGGCACUGCAGGGUUUUUGUUCCACUGCAGAUGGCAAAAUAAAUCACUGUCUCUC